AUGUUUGUUGUGUUUCUGCUGUGCAUCGUCUUUCUGGUCUGCUCAAAUAAGGAAUCUGCAGUAACAUGUUAUAAAUGUCAAAAAUAUCAUCUUGGGUUAUGCUAUGACAUCAUGAAGAUUUGCAUCCUAAAGGACCAACAGUCCUGUGCUGUUGAGAACUAUUACUUCCUUACGAAAAAAGGGCGAAGCUUGUAUUAUUAUUCCAGACUCUCAUGUGUGAGCAACUGUGAGGACAUCAACCUCUUGAGUUUUGAAAAAAGAACAGAGCUCAUCUGUUGCAAACAUGCUAACUAUUGCAACCUCCCUGAGGGAGUUUAG